AUGAGUAUCGGAGAUUUUGAUUUCGGAUUUCUUUUCGGAGAACAAGAAGUUUUUAAUACUGAGCCACCCCCAGAAACCCCCGAACCACCCACAGAAACCGACGAACCACAGGGAAUGUUUGCGAGACCUAUAACCGAUAAGAAAAUAAAGCUUCUCACGGAGUAUCAGGAGUGUAAGAAUAACAAGGCAAACACGAGGUGGGCAUUUGGCGUUUGGAGAAAAUGGCGGGAGGAGAGAAAUAAACUUUCGUCGAAUACCGGUGAGUUUAUUCUAGAAUUUUCUGCAAUGGACGCUACUUGUAUGGACUAUUGGUUGCAAAGAUUUGUCGUCGAGGUUUGCAAUCAAAAGGGGAAUGAAUACACGCCCAAAUCGUUAUAUUAUCUUAUGUGUGGUUUGCUGCGACAUUUGCGUGAUAUUGAAAUAUUUGGAAUGAACCUUCUUGACCAUAAUGACGAUAGAUUUGCACGGACACGUAAAGUACUCGACGCCCGAAUAAAAAGCCUCGUAGCCCAGGGAAUGGGAACGACUGUGCGACAGGCCGACCCAAUACUGCCAGAACAAGAAGAUAUUCUGUGGGAGAAAGGUGUGCUUGGGCAAAAUUUCGUCAUUUCCUUAAAAAACACGGUUUUCUUCUAUGCCUGUAAAGUGUUUGGACUACGUGGAUGUGAUGAACAUCGUCAGCUCACAGUUCAAAAUUGGGUCUGA